UAGCUUCUUUCCUCUUAACUGCCCUCUCAGAACUCUGACAGUCCCUGCCUGCCCCUUUUCUCUCUGGAUGACCUCAUCAGCAAGGUGACAGUUUUCUGCUCAGUUCUUAGACUAGGAGAAAAGUUGAAGCUUCCUGGGAGGGAGCACUCUGGGAUCCUUAUGAUUUCUAUCUCCCCAAGACCUAUAGUAUCCCUCCCAGGCCUUAUUCCACUCCUCAGGGCAGGGCUGAAAGUGGACUUACAGUCCCAUUCUUCGGCCUCAUCUUUCUCCCACCUUGAGGCCAAGAUACGUCAGACCCACAGUCUUGCAAGGCUCCUCACUAGCUAUGCUGAGCAGCUGCUUCAGGAAUAUGUCCAGCACCAGGGGGACCCUUUCGGGCUGCCCAGCUUCUCUCCCCCUGGGUUACCAGUGCCCGGGCUGAACUCCCCAGCCCCAACUCAUUCAGGGCUCCCCACCCUUGAGCGGCUGCAGCUUGAUGCAGCUGCCCUGAACUCACUGUCCCCACUGCUGGAUACCAUCCGCCACCUCCAGGCUGAUCUCAACCCUUUUGCCCGUCGGCUCCUCCGACGGCUGGAAGAUGCCUCUCACCAGUCAAGGGCACUGGGGAGUGCUGUAGAAGUUGUUCUGGGGGCACUAGGUGCAACCCCAGGCCCCCCAGGGCCCCACCCCAUGCUCCCUGAGAAUCCUGGGGUCUUCCUGGCUAAGUUGUUGGGUUACAGGGUAUGUGGGUUGUACCAGGAGUGGGUAAGCUGCACAGAAGGUGACCUGGGUCAGCUGCUGCGGGCAGGGCUAGGCUGAGAGAGGAGCCUACCUUACCCCACAUCUUCCCCCAUGAAGGGCCACCAACUAGCUUCCUUCCCACUCCAUCCUCAUCUUCUGUCACUAUCCCUUCACUAGCAUACCCCUCCUAUUAUCUCCAUCUCAGAGCCUCUCUGUCUACUUCAUUCUCUCUUCCUGUGCUUCUCAGCUUUGGAUUGGGCCCUAGGGUCAGUCAAUAUCUGCUUAAGAGAUCACUGUAGAAGAAAGUUCCAAGACAUUUACCUAGAGGAGCCUUCAGCCUAAUUACCUUUGAAGCCCACAUUGUCUCCUGCAUCAUUACCCCCAAUUCAUACCCUGUCCCCUCAUGGAUCUCUUGUUUCCCAUAGCCCAAGUCCACCUUUUUACCCCUCUAUACCUCUUUCUCUUCCUCAUUCCUCUAAUCCCCUGAUUCUAGCACACCAAGCUAUGAGGUCUGUGAAAAAGAUCCCCCUGAAAAGGAGAUUUUUAUUUCUGAGAAUAAAUUAAUUUUUUGGUAAAUUAA